AUGGCCCCAAAACAGGACUAUCAGUACAUUGGGAUUAUCCAACUGCUUCGUCAUUUCAGGUGGACAUGGAUUGGGAUUUUUGCUGUUGAUAACAAUAACGGAGAAUAUUUCUUACAGAAAAUGCAGCCCUUACUUUCAUGGAAUGGAAUCUGCUCAUCAUUCACACAAAGGCUUCCACAACUAGUCCACUUCGAAGACAUCUCAGAACUUUAUUACACCGUCUCAAGUAUUUCUAUUAAUUUUAUGAAUAGCAAAGCAAAUGCAUUUCUUGUCUAUGGAGAACCAUGGACAGUCAUGGGGCUCAGAGCUGUGACAUUUGUAGCAGAUCCUGAAAACAAGCAAACUGCAUUAUUUAGAAAGGUGUGGAUCAUGACUAGCCAAAUUGAUUUCACACUAUCUGGCUUUCAAAUCACGUGGGAUCUCCAGAUGUUCCACGGGGCUAUUUCAUUUACUGUUCAUUCAAAAGCUGUUGUAGGGUUCAAGGAAUUUCUUCAGACCAUAAACCCUUAUUCAGUCUCCAGAGAUGGGUUUCUGCAGGAUGUUUGGGAACAAUCCUUUGAUUGUUCAUUUCUAAAACCAGAGUUACAACAAAUGCCCAGUAGGCAGUGCACUGGGGAGAGGAAGCUGGAGGAUCUUCCUGGGCCUGUGUUUGAAAUGGAAAUGACUGGCCAAAGUUACAGUGUCUACAAUGCUGUUUAUGCUGUGGCUCACGCUUUGCAUGCUCUACUCAUGUUUGGGUUCAAUAAGAAAAAAAGGAUGAUGGGUAAAAAAACUGACUUUCCAGAUCUGCAGGCUUGGCAGCUCCAUCCAUUUCUCCAAGGCAUUUCCUUUAACAAUUCAGCUGGAGAGAGAGUCUUCCUGAAUCAGAAACACAAAGCAGCAGGUGGAUUCGACCUCAUCAACUUGAUCACUUUUCCAAACAGAUCCCUUCAGAGAGUUAGAGUUGGAAAGUUGGAUCCCAGUGCUCCAAAAGGGAAAGAAUUAUUAAUUGAAGAAGAUCUGAUUGUCUGGCACCCAGCUUUUAACCAGGUUCUUCCAAUUUCUCUGUGUAAUGACCGUUGUUCCCCUGGAUACUGGAAGAAAGGGGCUGAAGGAGAGCAAUUCUGUUGCUAUGACUGUGUUCCAUGCCCAGAAGGGAAGAUUUCAAAUCAAAAUGAUAUGGAUGACUGUUUUGAAUGUUCUGAAGACAAAUAUCCAAAUAAAGAAAAGAAAGAAUGUAUCAUGAAACUGGUGGUCUUUCUAACUUUGGAAGAAAUAUUAGGAAUUAGUUUAGCCUCCACUGCUCUUUGUUUCUUUUUUGUGACAUCUUGGGUACUUGGAACAUUUUUAAAUUACAGGGAUACUCCCAUUGUUAAAGCCAACAAGCGGGCCCUCACCUAUACCCUCCUUGUCUCUCUUCUGCUCUGUUUCCUCUCCUCUUUCCUCUUCCUCAGCCAACCUGGCCAAGUCACCUGCCUUCUCCGACAAUCCACUUUUGCCAUCACCUUCUCAGUGGCCAUUUCUAGUGUCCUGGCCAAAACCAUCACUGUGGUGGUGGCUUUCAUGGCCACGAAACCAGGAUCUCAUAUGAGGAAAUGGGUGGGGAAAAGAUUGGCCUCUUCUACAGUCCUUUCCUGCUCUCUUGUCCAAGUCUGUAUUUGUGCUCUUUGGUUGUCAACAGCUCCCCCAUUCCCUCAGUUGGACAUGCAUUCAGAAGCUAAAGAAAUUAUUUUACAAUGCAAUGAGGAGUCAGCCUCCUUCUUCUACUGCAUCUUGGGCUACAUGGGGACCUUGGCCAUAGCCAGCUUUAUUGCCUUUCUUGCCCGUAAAUUGCCUGACAGCUUUAAUGAAGCCAGGUUCAUCACCUUUAGCAUGCUGGCCUUCUGCAGUGUGUGGCUGUCCUUUGUUCCAGCCUAUCUGAGCACGAAAGGAAAAGCUAUGGUAGCCAUGGAGGUCUUCUCCAUCUUGUCCUCCAGUUCUGCAUUACUGGGGAGCAUAUUUUUGCCAAAAUGCUUCAUCAUUGUUUUCAGGCCUGAGCUAAACCACAGGAAGCAACUCAUAAAGAGGAAUUAG